CUAUUACCCAAGGAGGAGCAAUACAGUUGUCUAACAAUGGCACAGAUGGAGUACAAGGUCUCCAGACGUUGACUAUGACCAAUGCAGCUGCAACCCAACCUGGCACCACCAUUUUACAAUAUGCACAGACCACAGAUGGACAACAGAUACUUGUACCCAGCAACCAAGUUGUUGUACAAGCUGCCUCAGGAGAUGUGCAGACCUACCAGAUUCGCACCGCCCCUACCAGCACCAUUGCACCAGGCGUAGUCAUGGCAUCCUCUCCAGCACUGCCAACCCAGCCAGCAGAAGAGGCCGCGCGGAAGAGAGAAGUGCGUUUAAUGAAGAACAGAGAGGCAGCACGUGAAUGUCGCCGGAAGAAAAAGGAGUAUGUGAAAUGUCUAGAAAAUCGAGUGGCUGUGCUUGAAAACCAAAACAAGACACUGAUUGAGGAGUUGAAAGCACUUAAGGACCUUUACUGCCACAAAUCAGAUUAAUUUUGGAUUCCCAUUUUCACUUGUCCAGGUGGGAUAGAGACUGGUUCUGGCUAUACCCAGAAAGACAAAGUAAACUUUUUAUUUUCUAAACAUUUCUUUUUUUCUAUGCGCAAAACUGCCUGAAGCAACUACAGAAUAUAAUUCAUCUGUGCUUUGCAUCAAACUGUGAAUGUUCAAGUACUUGCCUCCUCUUCUCCCCCUACAAGAUUAUUUUCAUCAUCAAUCUCAGCGUGAAGAAGAAGAACAGGCUUCUUUCUCGUCUCCCCAUCCUCUUCAAGGAGUAACAGUGGUCAUUUGGGAAGUUACUGUGGGGAGGGUCCUUUUGUAAUGAUUUCAAGAAUUUGUGCUGAGCUCUUUCCAUUGCCUUAGAGACAGAACCACCCCAGCCUCUUGGUCCAGAGAACUGUGGGCCACAUACGUGGAGCAUGCAUGGUGCAAUGAAGAAGCAAUGGUUGCCAAAUUGGUUUCACAUAUUCAUUAUGAACUAUAAAAAUACACGGCUAAGCGGAAUGCCAAAUGAAAGGCGCUUCACAGACAUGUUCUUGGUGUGGAGAUAACAUACCUUUUUCAAACUAGCCCAGGAGGGGUUUUGAUUUGUAAUCUGUGUUAAGCCCUCCUGGACUAGUAAAAACUUCUCCAUACUUCAGAAACAAAUGCAUUGAAAUAAGCUUCACUGGUCAGUUGUUGCUUCUCGAAGCUUAUGCGUGCAAGUGUGUUCAGCAUUCUGAAUGCACAAAAAGCAAAACCAGCUUCAUAGGAUAUUGUUUGGGAAAUGAUAUUUGGAUGGGAAAGGAAUUCAGAAUAAAAAAAGUACAAUAGUGAUGUUUAGAAAACAGUCACGUAGUAAGCAAGGGUAACACAUGAAAGCACUGCCUAUUUGUAUGCAGAACAACUAAGCAGUUGAAGCAUGGCCAACUCCACGUACAUACUCCCUGAUGACAGUAUAGUCUGUGUCCCAAGUCCUCUCAAGCAAUGAGGUUGUUUCUAUUUCCCUACCACUAUCUUAUGUAAUGGAAAUUACUGUACUCAAUGGAAACAUCAGCCUGGUUUGCUAGAUUCUUUUUCAAACUUUGAGGCAUAAAUUAAAUCGCAGUAUGACAACUACCAGGACAACCUCAAAUAUCGAAGAAGACUUCAAACACAAAUAUUCUAACUUCUGCUUCGCAAGGGACAAUAUUAAUUUUUUGAACCUGGCCGGGCUAGCUAAAUUCUUAAUUUAUUCGGAGGGUUUUUUCAUGUAAAGGGUCAGAUUUACCAAGUAAUUUAUUCCUGUAAGUAAAAUUACUCAUGUACCUCAGACGUUUGCAAGACCACUUUUUUGUGUGCACUGAGGAAAUGUGAUCUUUCCCAUAUUUACGUUGUUAAAAAGGUAGUUCGUGUUUAAAAACAACUCUGUACAAAGCAUUAGGACUU